AUGAGGGCUUUCGUUUUCUUUCUCUUCAUGCUCCUGGCCAUGUUCUCAGCAUCUUCAACCCAGAUUUCAAAUACCACUGUUUUCAAACUAGAAGAGAAUUCAGAACCUGCACUUAUUCUGGAGAAAAAAAAUGAAGCUAACCAUCUAGGAGGACAAAGGGAUUCUAAUGAGCAAGGAGGUAGUUAUACACAAGGAAAUCUGGGAACAUUUAGUCUUCAAGGACAACCAGGAUAUUUUAACAAGCUAGAGAAACCAAGAAACUUUAAGCCAGGGAGAGCAGGAGUUUUAAACCAGUCUGAGAUUUUAAAAAAUUCAGGAAAAUCUAACCAAAAAGGGAAUCCAGAAUCUUCUAAUAUGCAGGAAAAAUCAGGAUCUUCUAGCCAACUAGGGAAACCAGGGUUUUCUACCCAACAGGGAAAUCCAGGGUCAUCUGGCCAACAAGGGAAACCAGGGUCAUUUAGCCGGAAAGUGAUGGUGGGGUCAUCUAGCCAACAGGGGAAGCCAGGAUCAUCUAGCCAACAAGGGAAUCUAGGGUCAUCUACCCAGAAAGGGAAUUUAGGAUCUUCUAGCCUACAAGGGCAUCUGGGUUUAUCUAGCCAUCAAGGGAAGCCAGAGUCAUCUGGCCAGCAAGGGAAGCCAGGGUCAUCUAGCCAACAGGGAAAUCUAGGAUCUUCUAGCCAACAAGGAAAUCCAGGGUCUUCUAACCAACAGGGGAAGCCAGGGUUGUCUAACCAACAAGGAAAUCUAGGAUCUUCUGGCCAACAGGGGAAGCCAGGAUCUUCUAGCCAACCGGGGAAGCCAGGGUCAUCUAGCCAUCAGGGGAAGCCAGGGUCAUCUAGCCAACAAAGAAAUCUACAUUUAUCUAGCCAGCAAGGGAAUCAAGGACCUUCUAGCAAACAGGGGAAGCCAGGGUUAUCCAGACAUCAAGGAAAUCUACGAUUAUCUAGCCAGCAAGGGAAGCCAGGGGCAUCUAGUCAACAAGGGAAGCCAGGGGCAUCUAGCCAGCAAGGAGAUCUAGGAUCAUCUAGCCAGCAAGGAGAUCUAGAAUCUUCUAAGAAUCAGGGGAAGCCAGGGUCAUCUAGCCAGCAAGGAGAUCUAGGAUCUUCUAAGCAUCAGGGGAAGCCAGGGUCAUCUAGCCAGCAAGGAGAUCUAGGAUCUUCUAAGCAUCAGGGGAAGCCAGGGUCAUCUAGCCAGCAAGGAGAUCUAGGAUCUUCUGGCCAACAGGGGAAGCCAGGAUCUUCUAGCCAACCGGGGAAGCCAGGGUCAUCUAGCCAUCAAGGGAAGCCAGGGUCAUCCAGCCAACAAGGAAAUCUACAUUUAUCUAGCCAGCAAGGGAAUCAAGGACCUUCUAGCAAACAGGGGAAGCCAGGGUUAUCCAGACAUCAAGGAAAUCUACGAUUAUCUAGCCAGCAAGGGAAGCCAGGGGCAUCUAGUCAACAAGGGAAGCCAGGGGCAUCUAGCCAGCAAGGAGAUCUAGGGUCAUCUAACCAGCAAGGAGAUCUAGAAUCUUCUAAGAAUCAGGGGAAGCCAGGGUCUUCUAGCCAGGAAGGAGAUCUAGGAUCUUCUAAGCAUCAGGGGAAGCCAGGGUCAUCUAGCCAGCAAGGAGAUCUAGGAUCUUCUAGGCAUCAGAGUAAACCAGGAUCAUCUAGCCAACAAAGAAAAUUGAGGUCACUUUACAACCAACGACAAAGAAAAAAUAUCGACAACACUUUCAAUGGCAAUAUAAAGGACUUUCAGAAAGAAAUUAUAGUAAAGGACGUGGAAAGAUUUUAUGAGAGGAAACACCUUAAGAAAAAUGGAAAUAGGGGCAGGAAGGCUGAAGGAACCUUCAGAACAACAACUCUUUCAGAGUGA